ACUCCUAUCCCUCCUCCAACCUUUUUUUGCAGUCGGAGAUUAGAGGUUGGGAAUUCUCAAUUUCCAACCUUCUUUCCUCUUCAUCACUUCAUCUGUCUCUCUCACUCACUGACCACAAUCCUAACACUCUCUCAGCCUCUCUCUCUCUCUCUCUCUCUCUCUCCCUCUGCAACAAGAAAUUGCAAGAAUUGAUGAAAAUGACGGCUGCCCAAUUUGGAGGUGGUGCACCUUCUACCGGGUUGAGGAAUAGAACCAGUGACUUCAAUUCAGUAACUAAGAAAGAUUGGGUUUAUUCAUUGCGGCAAACGGAAGCUAAGUUUGUGGCACUAAGCAAUAGAAAGGAUUUGAGCAAUGUCAGUGCUGUGGGGGGCAGCAAUCUGUCAUCUAAGCAUAGAUCACAGUACUCGCGGCUAGUUGCUCAUCGCAGAAGGACCCGUUUUCCGGUGGUGGCUAAUCAAUUGAGUUCGGAGUUUGGUGUCGGUUGCUCUGAGGUUGAGGAAAAGGUGAUUCUUAAGGAAAUGCAUGCUCCCCUAACUGCUGAUCGUGAUGAACCUGAGUUGAGUGACAUUCCUGUCCCUGAAGCAUAUUCUCCAAAUGUGAAACGCGAGCUGCUGAUGCUUUCCUUACCUGCAAUUGUGGGUCAGGCAAUUGAUCCCAUAGCAAUGCUGAUGGAGACUGCCUAUAUUGGUAGACUGGGUAUGCUUCACUCCUUGAAACAAGUUUGAAUCUAAAUUUAUAUU